CUUCACUCGUUUGGGUAUACCUCAAACACAUAUCGACUAUGUUGAAGUCUAUAAGUAGCAGCGACGAUCACCUUAUCUCUCUGAUCGGAUCUUCCACCGGAAAACUCCAUCUCCGGCAGAUUCACGCCUUCUUACUCCGCACUUCCCUAAUCAGAAACUCCGACGUUUUCCACCAUUUUCUCUCUCGUCUCGCUCUCUCUCUCGUUCCUCGUGACAUCAAUUACUCAUGCCGAGUUUACUCCCAGAGAUUGAACCCAACUCUCUCACACAGCAACACCAUGAUCAGAGCUUUCUCUCUCAGCCAAACACCAAGCGAAGGGUUCCGCUUGUUCAGAGCUCUCAGACGAAACAGCUCUCUCCCAGCUAACCCACUCUCGUCGUCUUUUGCUCUCAAGUGUUGCAUCAAAUCAAAUGACUUAACCGGCGGUUUGCAGAUUCACGGGAAGAUUUACAGUGAUGGGUUUCUCUCGGAUAGUCUUCUCUUGACGACUCUGAUGGAUCUUUACUCAAUUUCUGAAAACAGCACUGAUGCAUGUAAAGUGUUCGACGAAAUUCCCCAGAGAGAUACCGUUUCUUGGAACGUGUUGGUUUCGUGUUAUCUACGGAACAAACGUACACGAGACGUUCUUGUUUUGUUUGAUAAGAUGAAGAACGAGGUCGAUGGCUGUGUAAAACCCGACGGUGUAACAUGCUUAUUGGCUUUACAAGCUUGCGCUAACUUAGGCGCGUUGGAUUUUGGUAAACAAGUUCAUGCUUUUAUCGAUGAAAACGGACUUGGCCGUGCUUUGAACCUGAGCAACACUCUGGUUUCGAUGUACUCACGUUGCGGGUCUAUGGAUAAGGCUUACGAAGUCUUUAAUCGAAUGCGUGAAAGAAACGUUGUCUCGUGGACAGCUAUGAUCUCGGGUUUAGCCAUGAACGGAUUUGGAAAAGAAGCUAUUGAAGUGUUCAACGAAAUGUUAAAGUUUGGAAUCUCUCCAGAGGAACAGACACUCACGGGUUUGUUGUCUGCGUGUAGCCACUCCGGUUUGGUCGAUGAAGGAAUGAUGUUUUUCGAUAGAAUGAAGAGUGGUGAGUUUAAGGUAAAGCCAAAUGUACAUCACUAUGGUUGUAUUGUUGACCUCUUGGGACGUGCUCGUCUACUUGAUAAAGCCUACAGUCUCAUAAAGUCAAUGGAGGUGAAACCUGACUCCACCAUCUGGCGUACGCUGCUCGGGGCUUGUAGAGUACAUGGAAAUGUGGAACUUGGGGAACGUGUGAUCUCUCAUCUUAUCGAACUCAAAGCCGAAGAAGCUGGAGAUUACGUUCUGUUACUCAACACAUACUCUUCGGUUGGGAAAUGGGAGAGAGUGACUGAGUUGAGGUCGUUGAUGAAGGAGAAAAGAAUCCAGACCAAACCAGGAUGCAGCGCGAUCGAGCUACAAGGAACCGUUCAUGAGUUUAUAGUAGACGAUGUUUCGCAUCCGCGCAAGGAAGAAAUAUAUAAAAAGCUUGCGGAAAUCAAUCAGCAGCUGAAGAUUGCGGGUUACGUGGCGGAGAUCACAUCGGAACUGCACAAUCUUGAUUCAGAAGAAGCAAAGGGAUACGCUUUGACAUACCAUAGCGAGAAGCUAGCUAUUGCCUUUGGAAUCCUGGUGACUCCACCAGGAACAACCAUUAGAGUGACCAAGAAUCUUAGAACUUGUGUAGAUUGCCAUAAUUUUGCAAAGUUUGUAUCUGAUGUUUAUGAUCGUGUCGUGAUCGUUAGAGACCGUUCCCGAUUUCAUCAUUUUAAAAGCGGCUCUUGCUCUUGUAAUGAAUUUUGGUGAUGAUUCAAAAGGUUUGUUUCAA